AUACUAUCUAAUCUAAAGGAUAGCUCUCUAAGGCCUAGAGUACUCUUCUAUAUUAGAAAAGACCUAGAGAUAGAAGUUAAUCCUUAUAUUAGCGAUAAUAACGACUUAAUAGCUAUUAAAGUAUUAGCUACUAUCUUAAACCUCUAUAUCUAUAACAUUUAUAAUAAAAAAAGCCUUUAG